CCAGCAGAGAACGAGAGCGCUCAGAUCCAAUCCAUCUCCGAGAAAGAAAAUGGAACCAUGGGAGAGAAGCGAGCGAGACGGCGUCAAGAAGCCCAAGAUCCCACCGGCACCGCCGGUGGCCGCCCUCACCGACCAUCUCCUCGGAGAAAUACUGCGCCGCCUCCCCGACAUGGCGUCACUCCUCGGCGCCGCCCUCUGCUGCAAGAGCUGGGGCCGUGUGGCCUCCAAGCCCGCCGUCUUCCGCCGCUUCCUUUCCCUCCGCAGGCCCCCACUCGUCGGGUUCAUCCUCACCGACCGCGGCGCCAAGCCCGUCCCCUUCCACCAACCUGAUGUCUGCUUCAUCACGGCCUCCCCGCGUCACCCCAAGCUCGCCUCCGCCGCAUCGGAUGGCGAUUUCCACUACCUACGCCACCCCGAAAUCGACGAUGGGGAUCCACACUACUGCAACGAGUGGCGCCUCCGUGGCUGCGACGGCGGCCUCCUCCUCCUCUCCCGCGGCCGCUAUGGGGAUGACCUCGCCGUCUACGAUCCUCUCGAGCGGAGUGCUGUUUUCUUCGGAAAACCCCAGUUACCCCCUCCUGACCACCGCUGGUGCAACGUCCGCCACGCCAUCGUCACCGACGAGGUCGAUGCCUCGUUCCAGGUUAUCGCCAUACAGCACGGGGAGGAGGAAACCGCCGCCGUCUUCUCAUCCCGCACCCGCGAAUGGGCUAUGAUUGCUUGGGGCACUGUGCGGUACAGAUUUAACUGGCCCUUCAACGACGGCAUUGCAGCGGGCCGUUUCGUGUUCUGGCGGCCGAACACCAUGAAGGACGACACUGAAGAGGAGAUAUUGGUGCUUGACAUGGAAACCAUGGCGUGGUCGGUUAUCAUUGCACCGUUCCCACCUGGCGAUUCGUACUGCAUCGCGGACAUGGUGGAGCACGGGGGGUUGUGCAUCGUGUCCAGCAAGGAGCAAUGCGUGAAGCUCUGGGUCCGUGCUAACAAUGGUGGAUGGGUGGUCAAGAAGGAGGUUUCCUUGCUGAAUCAGUUUGGUUACUUGAAGAAGCUUCGUCGUGACGAGUGGAUGAAAAGGGUGCGCAUCCUGGCAAUGAAGGCUGGCUAUGUCUACAUGGAGUUUUGGUCAAUAAGGAGGUCUGAGUCCUAUCUUCUUGUGCUCAAUCUGAAUACCAUCAAGCUGCAAAUUAUCCGCAACAAUGUCGAUAAGCCUUACAGAGGUGCUGCUUUUCCAUUCUUCCUACGCUUGCCACCUCUGCCUGCCCCAGAUUAUUAGGUCAGGUUUCUUCUUCGACCUUUGAUGAGAAAUUACUUGAACAGGAGAGUGAGGGCAUCAUCCACACACCCUUUUUAGAACUGCAGCUGCUGAUUGGUGCCAUCUUUUUCCGUCUUGCAAGUAUGAGUUUGGACAUGCUGUUACGCGAUUCAAAUGUGGUCCUGUUUUGCAAAAAAUGCUUCCAUGUAAUCUGAAUUUCGUCCUUUUGCCAAGUUAGAGACCAGUAUAACGUUAGCUAAAUGGAACUUGAGCUGAGAUGGUUUAAUUCAUUUCCAGUUGUGUUUCAUGUUAUUUAAAUCAGAGUGAAAUCGUUAUUCAGAGGGAA